AUGGGAAUCCCGGAUAGGAAAAACCGUCCUUGGCAUUUUGAACAAGUUUGGUUAGAAGAUAAAGGUUGUCAUGAAAUUGUUCAUUCGGCAUGGAGGAGUGAUUAUGGGACUUCGCCUAUGGACAAGGUUGUUGGUAAAAUACGAAAGUGCCAAUCAAGUCUCAAGUGGUGGCGUAAGAAGUCAUUUGGCAAUGUAACACACCAGCUGAUUGAAAAGAAAAAGAUGCUGAAACAAGCUGAAACCGUGGCUGUGCAGGGGGGAAAUGUGGAGAUUGUCCAUCAAUUGAAAUAUGAAAUCCAAAGGCUAUUGUUAGUGGAGGAAAAGCUGUGGCAGCAAAGAUCAAAAUCACAUUGGAUAAAGUCGGGGGACAAGAACACAAGUUUCUUUCACAAUAGGGCUUCCCAACGGUACAGGCGAAAUACUAUUCAUGGGCUUUUGAAUGCUAGGGGUGAGAUGUGUUGUGGGGAUGAAAAGGUGGCAGAACUUAUGGUGGAGUAUUAUACAAAUUUGUUCACAUCAUCCCAGCCUAGUUAA